AUGGUGAGUUUCAAUAUUUCCGAGAAAAAUGUACGAAGUGAACGUAGCGUCGUGGAGUAAGUGAUUACAAGUGUGUAGUAAGUGAUUACAAGUGUGUAGUCGAUCGAAAAUCAACCUAAACCACUCCUAAACUAACCCUAACCCUGCACGUCUUAUAGUCGAGAAGGUCGCCUCAUCUUAUAGUCAAGAAGAUCGCGACCAAGAACAAUUUACGAAGUAUUUAGUGUUCUACUCACGCAGAGAUGACGAGACUCCUUGGCUUUUAAUAAGAAACAGAAAAUUAAAACCUGUAACGUAUUAGACUCAUCAAGUAAAUAAAUACAAACUAACCACUUUCCUAGUGGUAACAACCAACGAAAAUCUCUCAUGAUCUUCGAACAUCACGUGUCUUAUGUUCCUGCUUCGUCUUAUAGUCAAGAAGAUCACACUUUCCCUUCUUGCAACAUUUUGAAUGAAAGUACACUUAUCGCAGAUCUUUCUCCUUGAAAUUCUAGAAUGCAAAUACACCACACUGUUUGUCUCUCUCGUUUCGACACGGAAUGAAUUUGCAGAUGAGAGCCAAUUUGGCUUCUCUCAAUGAACUUGAAAACAAACAAAAGAUCACGACUCCUUGAUAAGACACAGAUUGCCGAAAUUUUCGCUUUUGAAAACCCUACAUGUUCAACAUGUACUAGUACUCCAAAAAGCUCCACCGGAAAAGAUCAGUCAAGCCAUGAAGAUCGUCUUUCACGCUAGAAGAAGAAAAGGUGUAGUUAGUUACUAUCUCAUGUAUACGCACCACAAGAGCUGAAAUAAUGCAACUUGAACCUUAAUUUGAAACGCCGACUCAUUCUUCUUUUGACGCUUCACAAAUAUUGUUAUUAACUACAGCGACAAAAAUUGGGGAAGGACGUCGAAAUCAAUUGGCCCGAUAGAUUAACAUGUUCUAAUUAAGUCGUGCAAGUGAGACUCAUUGGAGGUCGAGGUCUACUACGUUCUACACGACUUUCAACGAGGUCUACUACGUUCUACACGACUUUCAACGAGGUCUACUACGUUCUACACGACUUUCAACUCGCAAAAAAUGGAUCCCUCAGUUGGAUUCGCCUUGUAUCAGCUGCCAGGGCAAGGCGCAGCAAAGAAGAAAAAGGUCCCCGAUAAAGCUCCAGAUCUGAAGAAGCUUAUGGAGGAACAAAGAGCAAAGACGACAGAGGUAUUUGUUCUACACUUUUUCCACUUUGUGCGACAGUGGUGGUACACUUUGUCCACUUGUUUUUAUAUCCACCAUAUUCACAGUUGUGAUGUCUAAUUUCAUGUCAUUUUCUUCAAAUAAAGUGACUUCUUUAUUCUUUUCAAAUGUUUUUAGGUGAUGUAUAUUUGCGGAAACUGUGGUGAGGAAGUGAGUUUGAAAGCCGCAGACAAUGUGCGGUGUCGAUACUGCGGUCAUAGGAUCCUGUAUAAAAAGCGAACGACGCAAGGCAUGAUGUAUGAAGCAAGGUAGGAUGUCCUAGACGCAAGGCAUGACGUAUGAAGCAAGGUGUGUGGAUGUCCUAUGACGCUGAUUUUUGGCUUUCAAGAUGGUCUGGGACGGACGCAGACGGACGCAAAAGACGUUUUUCUCCUACCGCCUCAGAGCAAGUAGGCUCCGCUUUAUGCAUCUUGCAAACCGAUCUUCGUUUUGAAUACUUCUAAUGAUACGCAUUCCUCGUACUAGUUCUUCAAGCACCAGCACGCUUGAACACGACUUACAACUCUUUUUUACCACGCAAUAUCGAGUACUUUUUCGCAUUUUUUUUCAACACCUGAAGGAGCGCAAUUGAAUUGGGGGAUGAAUAUCAAAAACAUGCUCUCACGACACGCGCACACGUAAUAAGAGUGAAUCCUUCUGCGCACACUUGAUAAAAAGAUGUUGGGAGCCAUCCACAUGCAACUGGCUUUCUGACGCUUCUGUAUCUAAGUACUUGAAGCCGCACUUGGACCCGGAUUUUCACUUGGGGACGGACAAAAAUAAAGCAACCUAUCCUACC